AUGGUAUUUAGCCGCUCUAUCCCCCGUGCACUUCAGCGUCCUGCUACAUCGCUUCUUGCGAUCCCGGCUCGCCAAUGGCGGGCUCCUGUCUUUUCUGGAGUGCGUACACUAACAGCGAGUGCUCCCCGACAGGGUAAAGUGUUGAUGGUCCUUUAUGAUGGCGGCGAGCAUGCCAAACAGCAGCCUGGCCUCCUCGGUACCACCGAGAACGAGCUCGGUAUUCGCAAGUGGCUCGAGGAUCACGGCCACACUUUGGUGACCACCUCCGACAAGGAGGGUCCUGACUCUGUUUUUGAGAAGGAGUUGGUUGACGCCGAAGUCAUCAUCACCACUCCCUUCCACCCUGGAUACCUCACCGCAGAACGCCUUGCAAAGGCCAAGAAACUUAAGCUUGCUGUGACUGCCGGUAUUGGUUCCGACCACGUCGAUCUUAAUGCUGCCAACAAGACCAACGGCGGUAUUACCGUUGCUGAGGUCACGGGCUCCAACGUCGUCUCCGUGGCUGAGCACGUUGUCAUGACCAUCCUUACUCUUGUCCGCAACUUUGUUCCUGCGCACGACCAGAUCCGCAACGGAGGCUGGGAUGUUGCUGCUGUCGCCAAGAAUGAAUACGACUUGGAGAACAAGGUUGUAGGAACUGUUGCCGUUGGCCGUAUCGGUGAACGUGUCUUGCGUCGUCUCAAGCCCUUCGACUGCAAGGAGCUCCUCUACUACGACUACCAGCCCCUGAAGCCCGAAGUUGAGAAGGAGAUUGGUUGCCGUCGCGUUGACACUCUUGAGGAAAUGCUCGCCCAGUGUGAUGUCGUCACCAUCAACUGCCCUCUUCACGAAAAGACCAAGGGUCUCUUCAAUAAGGAGUUGAUCUCCAAGAUGAAGCCCGGCUCAUGGCUCGUCAACACUGCUCGUGGCGCCAUUGUUGUCAAGGAAGAUGUUGCCGAAGCUGUCAAGAGCGGUCACUUGCGCGGAUACGGUGGUGAUGUCUGGUUCCCUCAGCCCGCCCCCAAGGAUCACCCUCUCCGUUACGUUGAAGGACCCUGGGGUGGCGGUAACGCCAUGGUUCCUCAUAUGUCUGGAACUUCUAUCGAUGCUCAGAUCCGUUAUGCCGAGGGUACCAAGAAGAUUCUCGAGAGCUACUUUUCUGGACGCCACGACUACCGUCCUGAGGAUUUGAUUGUCCACAACGGUGACUACGCUACCAAGGCUUAUGGACAGCGCAAGUGA